GAGCGACUGCAGCCGCCAGCCGCCGACCGGCGAUGUAAUACGUCAGUUGAACGCGGAGCGACGCACGGGCCGACCGCCUCGCGCCUACACGCGACGAGUCGCUCGAAAACCUACCCUCGCAUACACGCAAUAACUUUCCGAUACCGCCAAAACUUUUUCGAAGUACCGAACGAAACAUUCUUCUAGCCCCGCCAGUCAAAAGUUUAUCGACCCUAUCUAUACUUACCCCACGUCAACCCUUACUCUCCUGUCGCGUUCCCUUUAAUUGUUCUCCCCUAAACUUUCCAAACGGGACGCACUCGAUCGAACGCUAUACGUCGCCAUAAAUUUGACUACUGUGUCAUAUUUUUUCAGCGUAACUUUUUCCUCCCUUGCAUUCCUUUCCCCGUUUCCUCGAUAGCCGAAUCGCCUAGCGCGGCUUGUCAUUUAUCCUUGCUUGCAACCGGAAAGUUGUAUAUCGUCGAGUUGGCAAACAGUUUGCGUCACAGUUAUCCAUAUUCGGGUCAAUUAGAGCCAGUGAACCAUGACACUGCGUUGACAUUGACACGGCAUAGUUAUCCCGAGUGCGAAUGGUGAAUUGCAGUGUUGUUGCCGGGACUGGCAGUGGUGCGGCGUGGAUGGUGGUGUGAGGCGCGCGCUCGCAGCGGAUGUGCACGCCGCUGCCCUCUUGGUGGUUUGUGCCGGCUGGAAUGCCAGCUGCCCUUAAUCUUACUAGGUACAAGAGCGGGGAGCGCUCAGUGAGGGGCGGGGGCGGCGGCGGCGCGGAGGAGGCGCGGCGCGGCGGCCUCAAGGCGCUGCCGAAGCGCGCCCGCACUCGCUGCAGGGGCAUGAACAUGGGGCAAAAGCUCUCCGGCAGUGUCAAGUCGGUGUCGCGCGAGUGCCCGGCGCCGUUCAAGGCGGUGGUAGCGCGCGAGCUCGCGCCGGAGCCGCCGCGGCCCGCGCGGCUCGACGCGUUGCUCGACGCGCCGCCCGCGCAUCCCGACACGCAAGUCAAACAUGCGUGGAAUCCAGAUGACAGAUCAUUAAACAUAUUCGUGAAAGAAGAGGACGCGUUAACGUUCCACCGGCACCCGGUCGCGCAGAGCACGGACUGCAUCCGCGGGCGGGUGGGCUACUCGCGCGGGCUGCACUGCUGGGAGGUGGUGUGGCCGGCGCGGCAACGCGGCACGCACGCGGUCGUCGGCGUGGCAACCUCGCACGCGCCGCUCCACUCGGUCGGCUACCAGAGUCUGGUCGGUGCGACGGAUCAGAGCUGGGGAUGGGAUCUUGGAAGAAAUAAGGUGUACCACAACGCGAAGGGCACGGGCGGCGGCGGCAGCACGUACCCGGCGCUGCUGCGGCCCGACGAGCAGUUCCUCGUGCCGGACCGGCUGCUGGUCGUGCUGGACAUGGACGAGGGCACGCUGGCCUUCUGCGCCGACGGCCGCUACCUCGGCGUGGCGGCGCGCGGCCUGCGCGGCAAGACGCUCUACCCCAUCGUGUCCGCCGUGUGGGGCCACGCCGAGAUCACCAUGAAGUACAUCGGCGGCCUCGACCCCGAGCCGUUGCCGCUGAUGGAGCUGUGCCGGCGCGUGAUCCGGCAGCGCGUGGGGCGCGCGCGGCUCCGCGCCGCCGCGUCCCGCCUGGCGCUGCCGCCCGCGCUCUCCGCCUACCUGCUGUACCGGGCGCCCUAGCCGCGCGCGGCUCCCCUGCGCUCCGCCGAGGUAAACCCGCGCCCCGCCACGUGACGCUCGCGCCCCCGCCCGCCGCGCCCCCGCGCCCCGCGCUCCCAAGCGUGGCACGUGACGCACGCUAACAGGAUGCGUGCUACUCGCACGUGACACCCGCAAGCAUGACACGUGACGCCAACAAGGAUACGUGCUACUAGCCAGCGUGACACGCAACGCACGCUCACCAACGGGAUAUGAGAUUCACCCUCGCAAGCGCAACAUGCGAACUUCAAGUGUACGCGUGAUAUAUUACACGUGGGACGCACAAGCAUACGUGGUGUACGAACUUGUACUGGCGUGCAAAUAGUACGACACAUUCGCAAACGUUAUAUACGAACUCGUACUAGCGUGCACGUUGUAUGUGACAAACUCGCAAGCGUGAUACGUGAUUCACGCUUGCGAGCGUGACAUGGGACACUCGCAUACGUGACAUAUGAACUUGUACAAAUGCGUGACAAAAGAAUACACACGUGUAAUCGACGGACUCGCUACUGGUGUACGAUAGAUGACAAAUGCAUUCACAGAUUGGUGAUUUAUAGUAUGAAGUAGUAUAUAACUGACUCAUGUGCAAAACGUGACACUACUGUACUCAUUUUGAGUACAGCAAUGACGAUCGCGCAAUUCGUGCGUAGCUUGGACACACUAAACUAGAUGUGCAUUACCUGAGUUAGAGGUAGACUCAACACCGAAACUUGAGUAAUGCAUGACACGUUCACUUACAAGCAACCAUUUCACUAAUCAAACUAUCACUGAAAACACAAAACACGACAUGCACUCACACACAUUUUAGCCACAUAAACAUUUUCAAGACAUAAAAAAACUAUAUAAUGAUAACGUAUACACUUCCAACAAAUUUAAUAGCUUUAAUUUAAAGUACUUGACUCGGAAAAUAUAAAACUUUAUAUACAUCUGUGCAGAUUUGUUAUACAUACGUAUAUAGAUGAAUUUACUAAUCGGAUAAUAAUACAAAUUAGUUAUAACAACAAAUAAUUUCCUGAAAUACAUGCCUUAUAAAUACGCUUUAUGAAUGUAUACACGUGCGAAAAUUAAACUUAUUUAGAGAUAGCAAUACAUGCAAUAACGUGUACGGUAAUAUACGUCGUCGAAUAUAUUAUGUUUUUUAUUAUCACACACUUUUAAAUGCUAGCAAAUGUCACAGAUCUAUAUAAAUAUUCCAUAGAUAUCUAUAGCCUAUAUAGAAUAUAUUUAUGUAUAGACUAGUGUCAUAGUGUGAGUUCGUAUGUCACGUAUGCGGGUAUAUGCGGGUACUAAAGCGCGGACGUAACUGUGAUGUUUACCAGGCGGGUCUGUAAAUUAGCCCACUAUUUUUUUGUUGCAUAGAAUAGGACUAUCGUUUUAUAAUACCGUAUAAAACAAAGUUUCAUAUAUCAAAAUAUAUUCUAUGCCGAUUUGAAUGUGAUAAUGAAGACAGUUAAACGCAACCGUAAUUCUAAAUGCCUUUACUCCAAUUUAUAGUUUACGAUUGAAAGAUUAUUAAAAAAAACUCUGUUAUAUACGGUAUUGUUGUAAAGCAGCACAUAUGCCAUCGAAUUGUAUAAUAAACCAUAGCAAUGUCACUGUUUGCUAUAGACAUUAUGUAUUAACAGGUAUUUAGAUGUAUCGAACGCUGUAUCUGUGCCUAUAGAAACAAAAUACACGAGCUACUUACAAGCAAGCAAAGUAUAAGGUUACGCUUUAACAAAACAAAACCUACAUAUAUGUAGAGAUGUUAAAAAUAAUAAUUAUUUCUAACUCUCGGUGAAUCUACACUGCUGGAAAUUUUUAGAAAUAUCUCUAUAACAAUCACAUCACUUUAUAAAUCACACGCCAAUAUUAUAUUUUGUUAGCAGUGUGGAUGAUCAAUAAUGUGAAUCGAUUACUUUAUACGAUGUUACACAACAAUCAACUUUUUUAUUUUUAUAUUGUCUGUGAUAGUUAUACUUUAAUAAAACGACAGUCUAUAUGAUCAUUGAUACAAAAUAUUUGCAACAAUUGUGCUCAUGUCUCAUUUUUAAUACAAUUACAUAUUAUCGUGAUCGCGUCCGUACGCGGUUGAAAUAUUUUUAUUUCAUUUAUAAAUAAUUUAACUAUAAUAAAACGUAAAUGUAAGUUAGACGUGACACUAAAAAUUACCAAAACUAUUUAGCUCCUUUCGACACCAAUAAAGCGACAAUGAUCUCUUAUAGAAUAUGGUAUCUGCAUUGCGUCUAGUAAUUGCAGACUCGUAUCAGUGUGUUAGGAAAUGUUUGGAACUACUGCAGCAAACUCACGAGCCUCGGUAAUUAUUAUUAAAAUAUUAGAAAUGUCAUUGUCCUAUAACUUAAUGAUACGACGGGUCGCAACUCGCCCCGUACACUAGGCCAGUGUAAUCGUUGGCAAUCUUAACACUAAUUUAUAAUUAAGUGACUGGUUUAUUUUUAGUUUAGGAUAUUAAUUCCUAUUAUAAAAUCGUGUGAGUGUGUGAUGUAUAUAUCUAUGGCUACACGCAUUUUACUCACGUUACGUGAAAGUCACUGGAAAACAUUAUUUUAGAUGUAUUUACAUUAUUUUCGUCGAAAAUUCCAGGUGUUUUAGAUACCGUACCUCGAAUGGUAGGCUCCAUUGUGUCUUCUGUUGUGACAUUAGAUUAGGUAAACGCAAUAAAUUAACGAGCAUAGUCUUAUAAAAGCACUGUACUAAAUAAAAUGUCAGCCAUUUUAGACCCAAAUUAGUUGUAUCUUAUUGAAACCAUGUAAAAUAUAAGUACUUCCAAUUUAAUAAGAUUUUUUUCGUACGUAGUUUGUAUCGCAUGUCUAGAUCCCGAGCGGGAGCUCACUUUGUAAUCGUCGAUAUUCACAUUUAUCUCCGCGACAAAUACACUUUUUUAUGCAUGAUUGUUCAACGGGAACGUGAUUAUAUAUUACUUUUUCAAAUGGGAGUCAAAUGUGAAUAUCGAUCUUGUGAGGAAAUUAUGAUAAACUGCCAAAUGCGAAAUGUAUGUGUGAGUGUGCGUUGUAUGCGAGAGACGUAUGCGUGUGUGACUGCGUGAAGUAUGCGGCGUGUUUGUGUGUAGAAUGGUACUUUGGUUUCGUUGUGUAAGAGAAAAACAAUCAAGGUAAUAUAAAGACAGCAAGCUCGACAUAUUAUUGUUGGGAUCCUUUAUUAGAUCCCCCUCCCGACCGAGACUAGUUUGUGUGCAUUAUUUUAUUUGCAUGGUUAUUAUAUUAAUUAUAUUGUGUUAAGGGGGCUCCAAUAAAGGAUCUUUCGCGUGGAAACGAUAAUUGUUUGUGUUCUAUGAACCGCGUUUAGUCCUGUAUAUAAAAUAAACAUCGUUUGCGACGUUCAAUGACUUUAUUAUUGUAAGUGAAAAUGCAUUUUAGUUUUAUAAGUUGUAGGCAAUAUUUUAAAGUCAUGUCUAAACAGAAAUACGAUUGAUAUUCGAAUCUCUUAGAUACAUUGAUUACAAAAUAGGAAAAACGAUUGGAAUACAUAAAUAUAACUGGUUAAGAAAAUAAAAAUAAUAUGAAAUUAA